AUGGCUACGAACAAUAUAAGUGAAUCUGAAGGUAGUUCUGUUUGUUCGGGAUCUACUAUUACUUCAUUCAGCAGGUAAAUACUUUUUGUUUUUAUAGUAUUAUUUUGUACAAAACUAGCUAUUAUAAACCUUGUCUGAUAGCCACGAAAUUAUCUAUCGUGCCUACAAACGACAACAGUGUAUAUACGGGUUUAUGGUUGUAACUAUGUGACGGUUGAGUAUUGUUUAUUUGUUUUAUCGAUCCGUUUACUCGCGUUCCGCUUUUUGCGUCUUAUUUUCGUACAUCUGCGUAUAUCCUGCACGACUCGCAAUAUCAACAUCCUAACAACAUUUCACAUCAUGAACGUCGCGGAAUGUAAUUGAAUGUAAUUAUACCUACGUAACAUUGUGCUAGGCACUUUAAUAUGCGGACUACCUCGUCUGUGCGAUGUACGACUAUCCAUAGAUACAUAGUACAUAUACUGCGAAAUGAUAAUGAUUUUGAUUUAUUUUACAUACAUACUCUUCUAAACCGUGCAAAACCAGGCUGAACUAAGAUAUUAACUUCUUUACAUUUAUAUGAGGUUUGGACUUGAUGAUCGAUAUUUCACCGAGCUAAUGAGUGGAGCCAUUAAGCGUAAUGAGUGGCCAUCUCACAUGUACCCCUACAAUCUAUAGACAUUGAUAGACAUUUAUAGUAAAAAUAUCAAUUUUUAAGCAUAAAAUUUUAAAAUUGUAUGUAGACCACAUACUGAAUUAUAAACGCACUGGUAUACUGCAUAUUGAUGUGGUACCUAUAAACUAUAUUUACUACUUCUAGUAACUAAUCCUUAAAUCUGCUAAAUCUAAUGUUACAGGCUGUAACAUUAUGAUUUUAUUUUUUUGAUUAACCAUAUAUUUUAACCACCUAUUUUUCAAUACAUAUGCUAUUAAUACAAAUAAAACCCAUUUGAAAAAUUAUAAAACAUUAAUAAUUUACAACUUCCCAUUGAAAUAAUAAUAAAAGUGAAUCAAUUAAUUAUUUAUUUUAUAAUUUAUAUUUAAGAAGAUGAAAUGUUGAUAAUCCAUAAUCAAAAUUGUCAAAGUAUUUUAAUUAGUCUAAUUACAGUCCUAACCAGUGUUAAACAGUGAUUCUUACAACAUAAUUGUCGAAAAGUCAUUCAAUAAUUAUGCAAGUUAAAUUACUUAUACUUGAAAUUUGAUACCUGUUAUAAUUAUUAAUUAUAGAUUUCAAUUUAAAGAUUAAUUUUAUUUCUAGCUGUAGAAAGGUUUACUGAAGUAACUAUUAACAAUUUAACUGUUUGGUUGAAGGUACUCUUAUUUCUAUUUCGUAAGCAAUUCAAACUAACAAAAAACAAUAAUAAUUUCUUUUUUACAUCUGCAUAUUUAUGAUUAAUCUAUAAUAUCUACCUAUAUUAAAAUUAAAAUAUUGGUUUAUGUAUAUUAUAACUUAAAUAUUAAUUAUUUUAUUUUAGUUCAAGUGAUGAUUCAAACGAUGAACUAUCAGAGUUUGAAGUUGAACAAAUACUUAAUAAGCGGGAAAAAUAUGGAGAUAUCCAAUAUCUAGUUAAAUGGAAAGGUUAUUCCAGUGAAGAAAACUCAUGGGAACCUUUAAACUUCCUCAACUGUAACAAAAUUUUAGAAAAAUUUGAAGAGCAUUGGAAUUUGGACUACAAGAAGUAUAAAUCAGCUUUGAACAAAUUAAAAAAGCAAAUAAACAGACAAGAUGAUUCUUCAUCUUAA